AUGUCUACUCAAUCUAGAGUUCGAAAUAGGCUACGCAAGUCUCCAAAAGAGCACGUUGAACAAGACCAAGACACGCGAUACGAUCGAGAAAAGUACUCUUCAAGUUCUGCCACGCGCAGCAGGUCUAAAGAUCGUGUUAGCCGGCUUCUUUCAAGUAGAACUUCUUCUUCACCUGCUCCGCCCGUCCCCCAAAUUCCCCAAAGCACUCAUUCCUCUCAUGAUAUUACACAUAGCUUCACCACAAUUUCACACCCCUCUGAAAAAGCUCAAGACACUACUCAUCGUCAUAGUUAUCCACCCAAGAUUGAAAUACCCACCGUUUCACCUUUCUCAAAAACGUUAGAAUUCGUACCACCAAACCAAAAUUGGGAUCAGUCGGAGGCAUUCGACGUCCGCACAACGCAAAGAAAAGAUCCUUACAAAUCUCCUGCUGAGAUGCUUGGCUUGAAAGUCGCUACUGAAAGUCCGACGACAUUACCAUGCUCGAGCCCCUCCACCCCUACCCAAAGUUACUUCAAUCAUCCAGUUGCUUCUCCACAAACACUUCACAUGAUCGCAGACGAUAAUCUCUUCUACGAAGCUUUGAAAGACUUCAGGAAAAGAUCUAUCGUCUUUGGUACUGCCGAUAGUGACGUCGUUGCAAGUUUGUGUGGUAAAGGUGAUGAGAAGUCGGUAGUUUCACCCACACCUUCGCCCACAGCCUCGACUUUCGAUGAAGUUUCAGCUCGUGAAGACCAGAUAAUGUCCGAUCCUGCGUGGAAGAGUGAGGUGAAGAGGCUUUUCAUUAUACGCGAGAUUGCAAGUACAGAGAGGUCAUACGCCAAGUAUCUCACUCAGUUACUCGAUCUCAUCAAGACAUCAUAUCCAUCAUUCCAAACCCAACCAACAACGUCAAUUCAAAUCAUAGACGAGAAUGGAAGUAAAAAUCCAGAAGAAUCUUUCAAGCAUAUAAAACUUUUAGCAAAACACUUACCCGAGCUAAUCGCACUUUCGAAUCAACUUUCUCAGAGGAUGGAUGAUGACCCUUCAGCCUAUGGUGUUGCUGUGGCUUUCAUUAGUUUGAAAACAGAUCUAGAAUCAGUCUUUGUCAACUGGAGCAGGGUAUAUCCUCACGUCUUAAAUUCCAUUAUGAAGAACAAGUCAUUGCGGGAGCAAAUGGAGAAGAGAAAUAAGAGGGGCAAAUCAAUGUCAUUUGUUGAGACAUCCAAAACUUCCAGCUCUGAACAUAUCCUCCAAUCACCACAUGAAACAGUCGAGAGCUAUACAACCAACAAGAAAGGAAGGGUAAAGACAGAACCUACCAGGGCUACUAAUGAGAAAGCCUUAACCAAGAAGAAAAAGCAGAAAGCUAUUGAGGAAAGUUUGGAAAAACUGACGAUGAAUGAGAGUCAAGUACAUCAGCGUUUGAGGCUAAAUGACGUAGCGGUGAUGCCAUCUCAGAGGGUUACACGAUAUGUCUUGCUGUUGAAAGACCUGUCAAAACAUACUCCUGAAACUGCAUUGGCGCGUGGACUAAUAGAUGGGGCACUUAAGGGUGCGCAGAGCGUAGCUUAUGAGUGUAACAAAAUGAGCAGCAAGCUCAAAUGCUGA